AAAGGACAACUGGUAUGUAAAAUAUCUAAUCCACCGUUGGAUUUGAGUACAGGUGCUUUGGAUCAGCUGAUUGACACACUGCUCCUAAGCCUCUUGGUACCGCAGUCCCAAAUUGAUUUGCCGGGCGAGUACAACGUUUCGUAUGUGACCGCAAAGAACAUUCGUGUGGUUCAGUUGGACACAAUUCAACGUACUUGUCCUGUGCAAUUGCUCACUAAUGACUCGUUCGGUUGCACUUCACAAGGUUUGUUGCUAAAAGCGUGUUUCGGGGCGGAACAACUCAAGGUGGAGCUUAGUUUGAAGUCUCUAAUGGGAACCUCUGGGGUAGGUUUAUUUGAGGAAAAUUACGAUUUUUCAAACAAGUAUGACAUGACUAGAAUCAAAUUGGAAGCUCGCUUGUUUGCUCCGGCUGAAGAUAGCCAACUGCCAAAAAAGCGCUUGCUGCAAAUCGUAUCCAUUUUGACAACCAGUUCAGGCGAUUUGGAAAUUCGACCACAUCAGAGCAGUUUUACUAAGAGUAUUUUAAAAUCAAUGGUCAAAGGUUCCUUUAAGUUAUUGCAAGACACAAUAAUCGACUAUUUGGACAAAUACGUAAUCGGUCUGCUGAACGAUCAAGUGAAACAAUAUCACAUUACACCUUUGUUUGUGACGCAGGGAAGUGACGACACCAAUAACGACGACAACAGAGGCUUAUCAAAGCGCUCAUUGGCGGGUGUGAAACGAAGAUCCGGUCGCAGCCGAUACCUAAUUGCAGCAAACAAUAUGGUGAUGAAUUGA